AUGGCUGACACUGUGUCAGUGUCGGGUCACAGACCCCGCUGCUUCUUUGACAUCAGCAUUGGAGAACAGGAAGUUGGACGUAUUGUUUUUGAGCUGUUUGCUGAUGUCUGCCCCAAGACUUGUGAGAACUUCAGAGCCCUAUGUACAGGUGAGCUGGGCACUAGUGAGAAGACUGGCAACACACUUCAUUACAAGGGCUCCCUGUUUCAUCGAGUGGUCAAAGAUUUUGUCAUCCAAGGUGGAGACUUCACCAAAUUUGAUGGCACCGGUGGGGAGUCUAUCUAUGGAGGAGUAUUCUCUGAUGAGAACUUCCAACUGAAACAUGACAAGGAGUUCCUCCUGUCCAUGGCAAACAGAGGCAAGGACACAAACGGCAGUCAGUUUUUUAUCACAACCAAGGCCACUCCACAUUUAGACAACAUCCAUGUUGUGUUUGGUCAAGUCUUGAGUGGACAAGAUGUGGUCAGAGCAAUAGAAAACCUGUCUGUAGAUCAGAAAAGUCGACCAACUUCAGAUGUGAAAAUUACCAACUGUGGCGAGCUGGUUCUGCAGCUCAAGAGUAAAU